UAAAUGGUUUCGUAACAGACGCCUAUUGACUCCAGCCUUCCAUUUCCAUAUACUCAAAGAGUACACUACAGUUUUUAACAAAGCUGCUGUAAGACUCCUUGACAAAUUAGAGCCAACUGCACAGAAAGGUGGAACAUUUGAUGUGUUCAGUACGCUUAGCCCUAUCACCCUAGAUGUUAUACUAAAGUGUGCAUUCUCCAGUGAUUUUGAAACAGAUACAAAAAUGAGGCACCCAUAUGUGAAGGGAGUGUACAGGUUGGGUCAUCUAUGGAACAAGAGAUGGAGUCUAAAGAAUUAUCUCAUUAUGCUAGUGCCUUUUCUUUACGAGCAUACAUCGGACGGAGCUGAGUUCUAUCAACUAUGUGACUACGUACAUAGAGAGGCUGAUUGUAUCAUUAACCGUAGGAAGAAAGAACUGCUAACUGGUAAUCCACUGAAGAAAAAGCACCUAGACUUCUUAGAUAUACUACUCAUGGCAAAGGAUGAGAAUGGUAUAGGUCUUACAACUAAAGAAAUCAGGGCUGAAGUUGAUACAUUCAUGUUGGCAGGACAUGAUACAACAGGGGCUGCUAUUUCAUGGACCAUGUAUGCUCUAGCCAAAUAUCCAGAAUAUCAAGAAAAAGUUCGCAAUGAGGUUGAUGCCAUAUUGGAGGACACGGGUGGUGCCUUAGAAUGGGAAGAUCUGAGUAAACUGCAAUUGCUGACAUUAUUUAUGAAAGAAACAAUGCGCCUGUAUGCUCCUGUGCCAUUCAUAUCUCGCUGCUUAGAUGAUGAUGUUGUAAUAGAUGGGAAGAAAGUUCUCGCUGGAGUAAAUGUCCGUCUUUGUAUAUGGGCCAUGCAUAGACACCCUGACAUAUGGGGAGAAGAUGUUGAGGAAUUUAAACCUGAGCGUUUCCACCCUGACAAGAUGAAGGACUUUGACUCUUUUGGAUAUAUUCCUUUCUCUGCUGGGCCUAGAAAUUGUAUUGGUCAGAAUUUUGCCCUUGCAGAAGAGAAGGUUUUACUUGCCAGGUUACUACAUAAAUAUGAACUCUCCUUACCAGAUGAUACUCCUGAGAUUAUACCCAGUGUGCGUCUAGUCUUGAAAGUUGAAGGUGAUGAUAUCAAACUGAGGCUCAGAAUAAGAAAAUAGUCCCAGAAAAUAGUACCGGCAACUACACAAAGCGUUUUAUGAAAUCAUAUCAAUAACAUAGGAAUUAUGACAUAGUA